UAAAUCCAUCUAUUAGAAUAUCAUCCGAAACAAUUGGAGCAAUUAACCUGACAAUCUGAUUUUGUUAUAUUGUUAUAUUCAGUUCGCUGACAAUGAAUAUUUUACCAAAGAAAAGAUGGCAUGUACGAACGAAGGAGAAUAUUGCUCGUGUACGGAGAGACGAAGCGAAAGCUGCAGAAGAAGAGAGGAUUAAGAAAGAACGAAUUCAGAAAGCAGAAACAGAAGCAAGAGUAGAUUUGUUAAGACACCGAGCAAGAUCCACGUACGAUGGUCGAUCAACAACCGAAGAUUCUACUAGCAAGAAGUUAGAACAUGUCAACUUUUUUGCUGAGCUUGAAGAUGGAAAAAUUGAUUACAGUAGACCUAAUACAGAACAUGAGAAGGAAAAGAAGGAAGAGAAAGAGAAAUAUGAAAAACAGAUUGGAUAUUUGACGUAUUUGGGACAAGAUACCAACGAAGCAACUGGGAAAAAAAAUUGGUACGAAGAAUUACCAAAGAGAUUAACGGAUACAGAGAAAGACGUAGAGAUAGAAAUAAAGAAGAAAACCUUAAACGAUCCAAUGAUUGAUAUAAAGAAGUAUCUCAAGAUUAUGCAUUCUAAAUCUGAAGAUCAUUUAAAAGUAAAAACAGAGAGCAUUAAAAGGAAGCAUCAUGAUUCUGAUAGUUCUCAUUCCAAUGAUGAAAGGCACAGUACACACAAAAGAUAUAAAGAUAAAAAACAUAAGAAGAAAAAACAUAAACAUUCAGAGAAAAAAGAGGAAAGAAGUCAGAGUAGUACAAAUAUAGAAAAAUUAAGAGCAGAGAGAUUACUCAGAGAACAAAGUGAAAAGCUAAGAACUGAAGCACUGUUGGCCAAAGUGAGGGGUGAACCAAUGCCCGUUGUAGCACCGGAAACUCCUAAACCUGCUAUAAAACAAAAAUAUAACUCGCAAUUCUUUCCUGAAAUUGCUAGACAAAAUGCAGAGAGAACUCCCAAACAUUCCAGACAAAAUACAGCAAGUCCUUAAAAUAUAUCAUUUUUGUAUCGUUUUUAUU